GAACUAGCCUGAAACUCACUGGCCUUACAACUGCUAUCAUCAUGUCUUCCCAGUGGCUGUGUGGUGUGCUGGUUCUACUGGCUGUGUCCUAUGGAGUCUAUGGACAGGGACUGGGUGAGGAGGAGAAGGAGGAGAUCCUGAAUGCCCACAACCACUACAGAGGACUGGUUGAUCCUAUAGCUACCAACAUGAUGAAGAUGGAGUGGGAUGAGGAUCUGGCCUAUCUAGCUCAGUUCUGGGCCAGUGCAUGCGAGUAUGCGGAAAACGAGGAUCGCAACACUCAGUCCACCUCAUAUGACUACAUUGGAGAGAGCUUUGCAGCCACUAUCAGCUACACUGUCAACUACACUCAACUGAUUGGUCAGCUGUGGUAUGCAGAGAAGAGGUUCUACAACUACUAUGCUACAGCCUGUCUUAAUGAGGAUGGGGAAGUUGAGGAAGAUGGAGGGUAUGAAACAUGUGGCAGAUAUACCCAGGUCUGA